AACCACAGACGGACUUCAGUCGAAACAACUACUGUAUAACAUCAUCACUCGUGUCACAGACGACUAGACAACCUUCGAAACAAACUCAAGGUUGCCGUACAUUCCUUCAACAACGGAACCGAACCCACCAUCUUUAGGCCAACCCGCCCACGAUCGAACUGUAUACUAUACACUACGAACCUAAUUAAUAAGAGAAGCACCACAGCGAUAGAAGAUAACGUCAAUAAACACUUAUUUACGAAGAAUAUAGCAGACAUGGAUCCCAACAUGAUGGCCUCGCAGGUUAUGGCACCUGCCCCAUUCUUUUACUAUAACCCAGACCCAACAUCCGAGAACCGGCAACACGGCCACUUCAGCCAACAGCCUGCAAUGCAGCAAAUGGCCAUGUAUCCAGUGGUGCCUACCCUCCCAUCAACACCUAUCUACUCGAGACCAAGCUCUGCUUGCUCGCAGCCUCCAAUGCACCAUCAGAUGCUCAGUGCUGUUCCCGCCAACCUCACACCGAUGGCUUCACCUCAGCUUGUGUCCCAAAGGCCUACAAUCAUGCUGCAGCAUGCCGGUGCUGCUAAGUUGAUGCUCGAGACCGAGAUGUAUGAGAACGAUAGUUGCUACUACCCAGCGACGCCAGCCCUUUCCACUUCCGGCAGCAACAUCGGCAGCCCUAGCAGCUGCAACGACAUGCUUGCAACUCCUCUUAACCCAAUGUUCUCCGGUUUGGAUGGGUUUGAGAGCGUGAAGCCUCAUGUUGAGUCAAUGCCCGAGGGUCUAGAGAUCUUGGAUUGGUCGAGCUGUGCAUCGCCUCCUAUGACACCUAUCUACCUCGCUUCACAGGGACCUAGCUCAGUCACAUCCGAGUGCAUCAACCCUCGCGAUAUCCUUAGUGUUACUGGUCCAUCAACUAUUGAAUUCUCCUCUCCGCCGCCAGUGGUCGAGGAGUUCAGAGGUGACCUACUCAAGCCCACCACGCUAACCACCUUUGAGUUCCACCACGGGCUUCCUUCGUUUGAUGAGCUUUCUGAUCUCGAAUCCGAGGAGGACUUUCUCAACGGCAUUGUCAACUUGCAAGACAAGCCAGUAGACGACUUGAAGCGAUCCCGUUCAGCAACCUGCUCUACCACGCUGUCUACAUUCCUGGGCGAGGUUGAUUACGAGGACAACACAUCUGUAGCUGUCACCGGCUUCGCUACGCCGGAAAGUUCAACUGAGGAAGCACGUCCUGCCAAGAAGGUCAAGUCAAAGAAGGAGUCACCCAAGCUCGUCAUGAACGUUGCCGCUGACUCCAACGAUGUUGGUGAGGCCGCCCAGCCAGAGUCAAUUUCUCAAGAGCAGUCCUCGGAAGUUCAUCCCACGGACGGCUCUGAGAGCACAUCAGAUGCCACUGGUGCACCCUCUUUACCUGCUCCUGCCAACCGCCGUGGCCGCAAGCAGUCUCUUACCGAGGAUCCUACUAAGACAUUUGUCUGCGAGUUGUGCAAGCGUCGCUUCCGUCGCCAGGAACACCUCAAGAGACAUUACCGAUCACUUCAUACGCAUGACAAGCCAUUUGAGUGUGGCGACUGCGGCAAGAAGUUCUCUCGCAGCGACAAUCUUGCUCAACACGCCCGCACUCACGGCGCUGGAGCCAUUGCUUUGAAUCUAAUCGAUGGCUCGGAGCAAGGCUUUGAUAUGAUGGGUGCUGGAGUCUCGCAUGUAGAGAACGAUUAUCAGAGUUUCGGCAAGGUGCUUUUUCAAGUCGCAAGUGAGGUACCAGGCAGCAGUGGUAGCGACUACAGCUCGGACGAGUCCACCGAUGGCCUGGGUGGCAAGAAGCGCAAGCGAUCUGCAUAAAAGGCUCUUCUCAGAUCACCUCACUUGAGAUAGAAUCAGAUGCGGAGAAUCAGAGAUUUCUCUUGCUUACGCCCGA